GACUUAAUGACAAUUUCAUGAAGAUACAGACAAGAGCACAUCUUCUAUCAAGACACAGAGUAAAGUUCUGUCUGCCUCUUCAAGAUGGUGAAGGAAAGUGAAAUCGGGAACUCUGUUGUUGGGUCAGAGACAUCGCACAGAUGUGGCAGGUCCUGCCUCGGUCCUCUGACCUUCCACCCUCUGGCUGUGGGAGACAAGGUCAGCCUGAGCCAAGGGGGUCGGCUCGCAGAGAGGACGGGGGCCACGUUCAAGAACGGCCUGGUGUUCAGCAGCCGCCCGGCGAAGAUCCAGGAGAGGAUUCGUCUGAGGGUUGAGAAAGAUUCGUUAAACUGGCAAGGAGCUCUGCGUGUGGGCUUCACCAACGUGCCGCCCUUGGACAGAUCUCUGCCUCUGCCCAUCAUGGCCAUCCCCAACCUCACUGACGUCCAAGGGCACUGGGCCGCCCCGGUGCCUGAAUCCCACUGCCAAACUGGUUCAGAGCUGGAGUUCUGGCUCUCCAAUGGAGGCUCCUUAUACGUCACAAGCGGCAACAUCAAGCAGCACAAGCUACUGACAGGAGUGGACCUCAGCCAGCCGCUCUGGGCGAUGAUAGACAUCUAUGGACAGACAUGUGCCAUUUCCCUCCUGGGCUCAGAGAAAAGGGAGCUGCUUUACACCAGACGGUCCUGUCCCGCACCUGAACACCUCACCUCACCUGAUGCUGACAGCCACAACAGUUUAAUUCCUGUCUCGAGUCUCCUCGGAAACAGUGAUGAAUGCAUCUCCUGUCUUGACAUGACAGCCCCAGCAGGUAAAGGCAGCGUAAUGGGCUGUGUGGUGUGCAUGGAAAAGGAGGCCAGAAUCACGUUGCCUUGCGGCCACCAGUGUUUAUGUAAGCAGUGCGCCGCAAAAGUCCUACAAGAGUUUGGCACCUGCCCGCUGUGCCGACACAGGAUCAGCACUCCAUCAGUGGACAGGUUGUGAGGCGUGUCUCUGGGCUGAUGUAAGCUCCAAGAAAGCAGGAAGAAAACACCAAAUACAAGCUACUGAGUGACUGUGAGAAAGAAAACACUUUGAGUAGCAUCUACUUAAUUUAGACUUGUAGCCGGACCGAUCGAAGCCCAUCCAGGAACCUUGGUCACGUCAUUCAACUCUCUCGUCCUUCAUAUGUAAAUGUUGUACAGCAUGUGUCAGAUAAGAUGUGAUGAGAUGUUAAGGUAAAUAUAUGAGGUGUGAAAGAAUGUGGGAAACUUCACUGAAUAACUGCACUUUUAUUGUGAUUGUUAAAUAAGGAUAAAGGCAAGCAUGUAACCUUACGGUGAAGACAGUCAAUGACAAAUCAUUUUUUGCUCUCAGUUCAGCACAAAGUGUUUUGUCAUAUAUAUAUAUUAUAUAUAUAUUGUUUUUCGCCACCUUGAUGUUGUAAAUCUGGAAUAAAUCUCAAAUUUUGUAAAAAGAAAAAUAAUAUUAAUUCAUAUUUUUAUAUAAUUUCAUUGUCAAAAUAUGACUAUAUCAAUAAAAUGUUUUAUUUCUAUC